AUGACACCUUCAGGCUCUACUUCGCGCCGCCCAAUGUCUCAUCUUGCUCGCGCACCUCCACCAGGUCCUUCACGCUCGUCUAGCAGUAAGGGUCGCCGAGGCAAAGCGCCGGCUGCUUCAGGACGGCAGCAACCUACACUGCCCGAGCCGGUGUGCAGCGAGGACUACAUUCGGUCGACAUUCGAGACGAAGCCUCUGAAGACACUAUGGGCUGAAAAUCCAAAGUCUCCGCUCACGAACUACUGCAAGGGUACGCUCAACACCAUGCCCGAGUACGAGUCCGUGCUGGGCAUCGCCGCAAACGGGCAGACGCUAUGGAGAACGACAGUCCGAGUACAAGGCCCCGAUAUCGAUAUCACAGCAGGCGGAGACCAUGCCAACAGGAAGGAGUCUGAGAAGCUGGCGGCGCUGAGCGCGUUAUAUCAGUUGGACGGUCUUGGUGUGUUUAGCAAGUCUUCGGGUGCAAAACAAGCCAAAAAGGCUCCUGCAGAAGACGUAGCAUACUCUCCAACGGAGAUCUCUCUCUCUGACGGGACCAAGGUGGACUAUGAAAAGGCACGCCAGUUCAUGGAGUACUACUGCCGUCGCUUCGGCUUCGGCCGCCCUGAACUCACGUAUACGCCCUUCAAAACCCCACAUCGUGGUGGUGGCGCGACGGCAUGGCAGGCGGAAAUGAUCGUCGACGGGCGGCGGAUCGGUUUCAGCAAGGGCACCAACAAAAAGAACUCCAUGCUGAGUUGCUAUGUAGACGUGACUCAGUACCUCGAACAGUGCGAUCACCAGAUCUGGGCGGAAUUUCUGAAGGACCAGAAGACUGGCAAGGACCUCGGUCUCGCGCCACGGGUGCUCUUCCAGAUCGACGAGUCGCUGCAGGACCGUAUCGAGGAUCUCUGCAAUGACAUCAGAAAGAGUAAACUGUACCAAAACCGGCCAUAUACGAAGUCUGGCGCGCAACCGGAUGACGAAGCCCAAGGAUCGAGCGUUCCCAGCGGCCCUCGCCUGCUGUAUCGCAGACCAGUCCCGCAUACCUUCUUGGAGAAUAAGUCCGCGCAGCUGAAGCAGCGGCGCGAGGAAUACCUCGUCUCUACCGACCCGAAGGUUGUAAAGAUGCGCGAGCAGCGCGCUGGCCUUCCGGUAUACACGAAAUCUGCGGAGCUGCUGGAGCACAUCCGCGACAACGAAGUCACUAUCUGCAUGGCCGCGACGGGCUCCGGAAAAACGACGCAGAUCCCGCAGAUCAUCCUCGACGAAAUGAUCGACCGCGGGGAGGGCGCAAAAUGCAACAUCGUAUGCACGCAGCCCAGGCGUAUUGCCGCUAUCAGCGUGGCGGAUCGUGUCGCGAAGGAGCGUUCGGAGACGGUGGGCCGUGGGUCGGGCGUUGGGUACCAAGUCCGGUUCGAGCACAAUCUGCCGGAGGAGCACGGUUCCGUGACGUUCUGCACGACUGGUAUCUUCCUUAAGCGCAUGCAGAGCGCGCUCGAGGGGAACAGUUCGGCCGGGCGCAGCCUCGACGACGUCACGCAUAUACUCGUCGACGAGGUGCACGAGCGGGAUCGGAUGAUCGCGGACCGCAAGGCACGCGGAAAGCCUCUGAAGGUCGUGCUCAUGAGCGCCACCAUCGACUCGAAACUCUUCCAGGAGUACUUCCCGGACGAUAAGAACCGGCCUGCGAGCGUUAUCGAGAUCCCUGGGCGGGCGUUCCCUGUUACCAAGAAGUUCCUCGACGAGUUCUUGCCCGAAGUUUCGAAGGAGCGUAGUGCAUCAUGGGUGUUCCAAGAGGAUAGCGUCCAGAAGUACCUGACUCACCAACUGGGUUCUACCGCUGUUGUUGGUAUGACGGGUACGACGAUGCGCCGCGGCCGCGGCCAUGAUUCUGACAUGCCAGUACCUGCUUCCGCUGGGCCCGACAGCUCACGGGACGAUGACUUGGACAUGCCUGCUUCGUUGGUUGCGCUGACGAUUGCGCAUGUAUUACGCAGGUCGGAGGAUGGGCAUGUGUUGUGCUUCCUUCCGGGCUGGGACGACAUCAUGUCUGUCCAGAAGUGCCUGCAGGGCUUGACUGGCGGAAAUCUCCUCGACAUCAACUUCAACGACUCGCGCAAGUACAGCCUGCACCUUCUCCACUCGUCCGUCCCGAUCGCGGAGCAGCAGGCUAUCUUCGAGCCACCGCCUGAAGGAGUGCGCCGGAUCAUUCUGGCAACAAACAUCGCUGAGACGUCGGUGACUAUUCCGGAUGUCGUGUAUGUCGUCGAUACGGCGCGGGUGAAAGAGCAACGGUACGACCCCGAGCGUCACAUCUCCUCCCUCGUAUCCGCAUGGGUUGGCUCUUCCAACCUGAACCAACGCGCGGGUCGUGCCGGACGUCACAGGCCAGGCGAAUACUACGGCAUCCUGACGCGCAGGUUCUCCGACGCCCUGCACCCGCACCAGACCGUCGAGAUGAAGCGCGUCGACCUGAGCAACGUCGUCAUGCACAUCAAGGCGCUGAACUUCCCUGGGAUGACUGUCGAGGAGGUGCUGGCGGAGACGAUCGAGCCGCCUGCGUCAGACCGCGUCGUGGCAGCCAUGAAGGCGCUGGAGAUGGUCGGGGCCCUCGACCAACAGCACAACUUGACCUCCCUCGGCCGCGUGCUUCUCCAGAUCCCAGUGGAUGUCCAGAUGGGAAGGCUGGUGCUCUACGGCAGCUUCUUCAGAUGUCUGGAUCAGGCGCUGACGCUCGCCGCGAUACUGACGAACCGCGAUCCGUUCCUUGCGCCUAUGCACCUCAAGCUCGAGGCUGCCGCUAGGAAAAACUCCUUCACGACGGAUGACUUCCGGUCCGAUGCUCUGGCCACCCUCCGGGCGUACAACCAGUGGUGGGAGAUGCAGAGCAAGGGUAUGUACGUGCAAGCGAACCGAUUUUGCUCGGAGAACUUCUUGGCGAAGCCCACGCUGCUCAUGAUCCAAAAGAUCAAGGACCACCUCCUGCAGUCGUUGUACACCAUCGGUGUCAUUGACCUUUCAGCUGGUGGCGAUGUCUCGGGACGGACGGACAUGAGAAGAGGUGGUGUGCCGCCGGAGCUAAACAGCAAUGCCGACUCACUUCCCCUCCUUGCCACCCUCCUUGCUAUUGCUUCUCAACCGAAGUUCGCUAUUCGUACGGGAGAACGGAUGUACCGACAGCUACGGAUAAGAGUCUUCAUUCAUCCAUCAAGUGUGAACCACCGCAAGCGCGAAAGACCUGAAUCGGAAGACCCUCACUCUGCAGCGACGGAGAAACAGAUCAUUGCCUACGCCGAAAAACGCCAAAACCUGACAUCUGGCCAGUCUAACCCGGAAAUGUACCUUGUCACCACCUCACGACUCGACCCAUUGACCUAUAUUCUCUUCGGAGCACACAACAUCGAAGUGACGUUCCUGGUGCCCAUCAUCGGCCGCCAGGACGCUUUGGACGACCUCGAGCGGUUGAAGAGGUUGAUGGAGGCUUGCAUGCUUCGUGUCUUCGAGGGCAUCAUAGCGGGCAAGUCGAAGCCUAAUGCGCGGCGCAUGCCUCAACGUCACGAUGUCCACGAGGACGAAUCUGGUGAUGAGGAUGAUAACCCGCAGGACCGUUCGCUCUCCGGAAUGGAGGUCAAGGAGCUGGACGUCAUGACGCGCGAUAUUGUGCGGAUUCUGAACGAAUACAGCACCUACCGUGUUGCGAUGCAGUCGCAGCACAACUCGCGGCCUGCGACGCCUAUGGACUCACCGGUUUGGGGGAACAGCCGUCUUCCCGGAACCCGGUCUGGGUACUCCACGCCGGCGUACAACAUGGGUUCGGCGUACAACUCGAGGCCGAGCACCCCCAGUCGCUUGUCGUCGUCGCGGAGGUCUGGGUGGUGA